UGUGGGCAAACUAACUUUCUAUGUGAUGAGAUAAAAACAUUACAGCUCAUGGGGGGAAAACUCUCCACUUUGAUGGUUUUGCAAAGAAAUGUUGAUUGAUGGGUAAGACAACAUAUUUGUUUAUAAAUAGUAAUAUAUAAGUGAUCUGGUAUAUUUGUAUUUAAAUGUGUGAUGUGAAAAAACUCAUAAUUACAGCAGGCACUUUGGCUUUUUCUGCGAUCACAUGCAGCUCCUUGAAGGACACUCUGAAGGGUGUCACUCUGUGCUGCAUGUCUGUGCGUCUCUGCAGAAUCGUGGUAUAUCCAUCUAAUAUCAGUUAGCAUGCCAUUGCUCACGGUGCAUGCACAACAUUUCAUAAAUCUGUCCUCAUGUGUGAGUUGCUGCGCCCCUGAGGGUUAAACAUCAUUCACUGUUUUUCCCAUCAGUAUGCGAACUUCCCCAGCCUUUCUCAGGGUCAUACAACCUCCGUGAUGCAUAACGCAUUUAUGACAAAAGGAGCAUUCGUGGGAUUGCACACAAACAUCCCUCUCCAUCACGCUUAUCUGGAUUAUGUGUCGUUUUGUAAAAAUAAGAUUCAUGCAUCCCGACGUGGCUGUAUCACUUGCUGAUCCAUCAUGUUAUUUGUUCUCAGCUGUUUUGACACUUAAUCCUUUGCAUCAUUGGCCAUAUAUGUUGUAUUUUGCCACAGAAGCAUCACAUGUUGACUACAAGGAUGAUUUACAUUGGUGUUUUCCAUUCCCGUUGGUCAUUAGUGCUGAAGACGUGCAAACGCUUUAUAGUUUUAUACAACAGUUUAUUUGGAGGUGUGGCAAUGCUUCAGUGUUCACUCAGGACAGCGCUUCUCAAGAUAAUCUCUGACCAAUCCGAUUGAUCUUUAGAAGAUUGCACUUCUUAGUGUGCAGUGACAAGGUCCCUGUGGAGAGGGCUAAUUCAGUAGCUGUGGGAAAUGCCACUUGUUGCCUGUCCUCCCAUGGAGGCCAUUCCUGUUGCUACUGGUGUUGUUAUAUUAUGAUCGCCAGAGAGUCUUUGGUUGUAAUUCUUCUCAGCCCAGAUGAGUCAGGAGAAAAUAACACUUGCCAUGAGAUCACUAUAUGGACUGUACCCCUACAAGUCCAGCAUGCUUGGACUGGAGACUCUGGGCGAUCCAUCAGGUGACUGGGAUAUAGUGGAAACCAUUGGCAAAGGAACUUAUGGAAAAGUCUACAGAGUGACCAACAAAAAAGAUGGGAGUCAGGCAGCAGUGAAAGUACUGGACCCGAUUAAUCAUUCGAGCCAUUCAAACAGAGAUGUGGAUGAGGAGAUUGAGGCAGAAUACAACAUACUGAGGUCCCUGCCCAACCAUCCUAACGUGGUGAAGUUUUAUGGCAUGUUUCAUAAGUCGGACAAAUUAACUGGCGGACAGCUCUGGCUGAUACUGGAGCUGUGCAACGGCGGCUCUGUCACAGAACUCAUCAAAGGCCUGCUGAUGCGUGGCCAGCGUCUGCAGGAGCCUGUUAUCGCAUACAUCUUAUGCAGUGCCCUCUUGGGUCUCCAGCAUUUGCACAACAACCGGAUUAUCCAUCGUGACGUCAAAGGCAACAACAUCCUCCUGACAACUGAGGGAGGAGUCAAACUGGUUGACUUUGGUGUUUCAGCUCAACUGACGAGCGCACGACUGCGGAGGAACACGUCAGUCGGGACACCGUUUUGGAUGGCUCCUGAGGUCAUAGCCUGUGAACAGCAGUACGACUACUCCUAUGAUGCCCGCUGCGAUGUGUGGUCUCUCGGCAUCACAGCCAUCGAGCUGGCAGACGGAGAUCCCCCUCUGGCUGAGAUGCAUCCAGUAAAAGCCCUUUUCAAGAUCCCACGAAAUCCCUCACCCACAUUACGACAUCCUGAAGAGUGGAGCAGGAGUUUCAGCCAUUUCAUCAGCCAGUGUCUGAUAAAGGAUUUUGAGGCACGUCCAUCUGUGACCCACCUUCUGGAGCACCCCUUCAUCAAGCAGGCCCAUGGCAAGGACAUAGCUCUCCGUCAGCAGUUAGCAGCUCUCAUCCAAGAGCAGCAACAAAUAGGCUGCAAAACCAAAUCCAAGCACGUCCGGAUCAAUACUCGUAAAACCCUCAUAAUAGAGAGCUGUCCUGAUGAUGAUCUGGUGAACCUGGAGUUCUUAGACGAGGAGACAAUCAUCAGCCAUCUCCACAAGAGGUAUGAUGAGCUGCAGGUGUACACUUACGUCGGUGACAUCCUCAUCGCUCUCAAUCCUUUCCAGAAUCUCAGCAUCUACUCUCCUCAGUUCUCUAAGCUGUACCAUGGCGUAAAGCGAGCUGACAACCCUCCACACAUCUUUGCUACUGCAGAUGCAGCUUACCAAGGCAUGGUGACAUUCUGCAAAGACCAGUGUAUCAUCAUUAGUGGAGAAAGCGGUGCUGGGAAAACAGAAAGUGCUCAUUUAAUUGUUCAGCAUCUUACUUUCCUGGGAAAGGCAAACAAUCGGACACUCCGUGAGAAGAUUUUGCAGGUUAACCCUCUCGUCGAGGCCUUUGGAAACGCUUGCACGGCAAUCAAUGACAACUCCAGUCGCUUCGGCAAGUACCUGGAGAUGAAGUUCACGCCGACAGGAGCGGUUAUUGGGGCCAAGAUAUCUGAAUACCUGCUGGAGAAGUCGAGGGUCAUCAAACAGGCUCCAGGGGAGGAAAAUUUCCACAUAUUCUAUUACAUAUAUGCCGGCCUUUACCACCAAGACGAGCUGAAGACUUACAGGCUGCCAGAUGGGACACCUCCCAGGUACAUUGACAGUCAGCACUGCAAAGUGAUGCAAGACAUUGUGUCAAGGAAACAAUAUAAAGAGCAGUUUGAUGCCAUUCAGGAGUGCUUCCGAAAUAUCGGCUUUACAGAAGAGGAGGUCGACUCUGCUUACAAAAUUCUCUCAGCAAUUUUGAAUACUGGGAAUAUUGAAUUUGCCUCCAUCACAUCCCAGCAUCAGACCGAUAUUAGUGAAGUGCCUAACUCAGAGGCCUUAGAGAACGCUGCGUCUCUCCUCAGCAUUGGACCCGAGGAGCUCCAGGAAGCACUUACCUCUCAGUGUGUGGUCACGAGGGGCGAAACCAUCAUCCGCUCCAACACCGUGGACAAAGCCUCCGAUGUCCGAGACGCCAUGUCCAAGGCGUUGUACGGACGCCUGUUCAGCUGGAUAGUGAAUCGCAUCAACUCACUCCUGCAGCCUGACAUGAAUGUUUGUGCCGUAGAGAGCGGCAUGAAUGUGGGAAUCCUGGACAUCUUUGGAUUUGAAAACUUCAAGAAGAACUCGUUUGAGCAAUUGUGCAUCAACAUCGCAAACGAGCAGAUUCAGUUUUAUUUCAACCAGCACAUAUUUGCUCUCGAACAGAUGGAAUACCAGAGCGAGGAAGUUGAUGCCAGCCUGGUGGAGUAUGAGGACAAUAGGCCCAUUCUGGACAUGUUUCUGCAGAAGCCCAUGGGUCUGCUGUCCCUGCUGGAUGAAGAGAGCCGCUUCCCUCAGGCCACCGACCAGACCCUAGUGGAUAAGUUUGAGGACAAUUUGCGCUGCAAAUAUUUUUGGAUACCAAAACGAGUGGAGCUUUGUUUUGGAAUUCAGCACUAUGCCGGACAGGUAAUGUACAAUGUGAAUGGCUUUUUGGAGAAAAACAGAGACACUCUCCCUGCAGACAUUGUUGUGGUGUUGAGGACGUCAGAGAACAAACUUUUGCAGCAGCUGUUUUCCAGCCCCUUAACUAAAACAGGAAAUCUGGCGACGUCCAAAGCGAGAGUCACCGCCGCCUCCAGAUCUCUCCCGCCGCAGCUCGGUUCAGGACGCACCAAGUCUCCCAAAUACCUGUUGAAGGUGGACACCAUGGAGAUGAUUCGCCACCCAGAAGAAACCACCAAGAUGAGGAGACAGACGGUGGCCUCCUAUUUCCGUUACUCCCUGAUGGACCUGCUGUCUAAGAUGGUCGUGGGCCAGCCACACUUUGUGCGCUGCAUCAAACCUAAUGACGACAGGCAGGCACUGUGCUUCUGCAAGGAGCGGGUGAUGGUGCAGCUGCGUUACACUGGGAUCCUGGAGACGGUGAACAUCCGCCGCCAAGGCUACUCCCACCGCAUCCUGUUUGAAGACUUUGUCAACAGAUAUUACUAUCUUGCAUUUCGGGCUCACGAGAUGCCUGAAACUAGCAAAGAAAACGCUGUUGCCAUACUGGAGAGGGCCAAAUUAAAAGACUGGGUGCUGGGAAAGACAAAGGUUUUUCUGAAAUACUACCAUGUGGAACAACUGAACCUGCUGCUGCGGGAAGUAAUAGCUCGGGUGGUGGUGAUGCAAGCUUACACUAAAGGCUGGCUCGGGGCCCGGCGUUAUCGAAAAGAGAAGGAGAAGAGAAGCCGUGGGGCCACAAUCAUCCAGUCAGCCUGGAGGGGCUAUGUUGCUCGGCAGAACCUCAAGCAAAUCAAAAAAGAGCGGGAAGAGGCAGCUGUCCGCAUACAAUCAGCUUACAGGGGCCAUCGGGUGCGUCGGGACUGUGGACCCCAGGAGCACAGAUGUCACCCUGAGGCUGGAGAAAAGACCACCAAAGAGGAGCAUUUAGGGUACAGCCCGGACAACAAAGAGGCAGAUGGAGAUUACACCCAUAAAAAAGAUGUUGGCCCUGACAGCCAAGACAGACAAGUGAAAGACAUCAAGAGAGACAAAGGCAGAGCAGAAGACAGUGUAGCGAAGCCGUGCAGGGAGACGGCAAGGCUGCGAGACACGCAGUGUAAACAAGGUCCAGUGAUGAAGCUGCAGCAGAGAACUCCUCGCCGGCGGGGCCAGCAGCCCAAGCUGCUCAACAGCCCGGAAGACAGCCUGUACUACAACCAGCUAAAUAGAACUCUGGAUUACCAGGGGAGCAAGAGGAAGCCGAGAAAACUUGGUCAAAUCAAAGUGCUGGAUGGAGAAGAUGAGUACUACAAAUUACUGUCAACUGUGGAGUCGAUCCCUGAGGAAGAGCACUCAACCACCGCCCCUACCCACCCUUUCUAGUUGGGCCCCUCGUCAGUCAGAGCUGAACCUUACAACCAUGUCAGCCGAUUGCCUUCAUUUGUCUUAUGGAUCAAAACAACCUGCUUCCCAACAUCGCACUUGACAUCUGUUGUAAAUUUAUAUUUAUUUCAUGUAAAUUGUUGUUUUAUAAGAGUCAAAUAAAUGUGUCUAAAUGUUUUUUUAAUUCAUAUUUAUUACUGAUGUAUAACGGUAUUUUGAUAUUGUAGGCAAAACAAUUUACCUGCCACAAAUCUGUUGUUUUAUACAUUUUUUUCCUCAUUUUAGAUUGAUGAAUUAUUUCCCUCUCCCCUUUUAGAUCAGACACAAUAGUUUGGUUACAGCUAAUUGUUUCAGCACGUGCUGGCACUUGCACAUACUGUUAAAAACUUAUGGCAAUAAAAACUUAAUGAGUCGUUCUUUCUUCGCCUUAAUUGCCCUUUACAGAAAUGAUUGUCACCUGUUGAACGUCUAUGAUCCACCCCACUGUUUUCUUUGAUUUGCACUGUCAAGAAAGUGUAAAAUAUAUAUAUAUAUAUAACUACUAUGAGUGGGGGUUUUUUUUGUUCUUCUAUAUACAGAUUCCUGAAUGCAGGUUCCUGCAUAUCUGCACCCUGAACAUUAUUUCUGAUGCUCAGCUCUCCACUUUAUACUAGAAAAGGCUGUAUGAAGUACAUAGUUGGUGCUGACUGAGUCCAUGUUCAAACCUUUCCAGGCAACAAACUGUUGCGGGGGGGGGGGUCCCUCCAAGUAAAUUCUACCCAUCAAAUGCCGCGGGCAGAAAUUUCCUUUAGCCAAACUGUCGCUGAGGCGGCCCUGUAAAACUUGAGGCAUGGCCAUGAGAUGGUGACGGUUUGGAGCAAGUAAAUUACCUCAGGGACUGGACAAUGUGUUAAGCACACUGUUAUGAAUUUCUUACAAACUAUAUCAAAGUCCUGCUUAGCCAAAUCCUUCCCUCAGGUGGCGUCCUAUUGAGAUGCAUUAAAAUGUAAGAGCCCACAUUUAGGGGUGAAACGAACAUCUCAAAGGAAGAUAUCAAUAAUUUCUGACUGCUGAUGGUUCGCAGAAUUCAUGCAGUUGUCACAUAUGGCUGAAAUAUGCCUUGCAUGGCAUAUGACAGCUCACAUGUAAAGCUGAUUUAAGUGGAAAUCCACCUUAAAUCAGAAUUAACAUUUGAUGUUUUUAAAGCCUAUGAACCAGGCUGCUGUAGUAGAAAAAUGUUGUUUUAGGGUGGAUUCCUCCUUUACUGUUGGCAUAAGAGAGCAGAUUGCAACUUUUGACAUUUAUCUGACAUUUAAACCUGGAAGUAAAAACUAACUGACAGCACUUUGCUGCACAAAUACAUCUUUACAGAACAGACUAUGGAUAUUUUUUUUAACCAGUGACAUCUGAAGUCUUACAAAUAGCUGGUUAAGCAAAUUUUACAGCAUCCUGUAGUUUUAUCGUGUACCUUUCAUGUAGUUUGAGCUCCUUUGUGCUAAGAUCCUUCAAACAGUUUCGCACCAGUGAAGCUCACAAAAAUUUGCAGUGAGGUGUCAUUUAUGAAGCCUUUAUAAGUUUUAACAGCUUUAUAAAAAUUUUAAACCUGCAUUUAUUCUUCUCCUUCUUUUGCUUGCUCCUUUUAGGUGUACACAUAAACCCAUUAUUAAUGUGUUAUAAAUCUUUUUAUAACAGGUUUUUCUUCUGCCUACACUUCCUUGGCUACACUUGUUUAAAAAAAUAAUAUUUAUAGUAUUGGUGACUAAAUUAUUAGCAAAUAUAAACCAAAAGCACAAAUGAAAGGAUACUUUUCACAACCUGGCAACCCCAAACUACAUCUUAUCAAUGUCUCCUAAUUCGGUUAUUCAAUAAAUCUGUUUUGAGCUUUAAUAAAGCUAUGCAGUGUCUUAAUUGGUCAUCAUCUCAUGAUAAGUUGAAAACAAAGUGUGAUUUUAGAGGAUCAACGGUUGGGGCAAUUUUAAAGUGACACAUUAAAAGUAAAUAGCACCAUUUUUUAGUACUGCUUGUUCAGAUUUAUAAUUUCAUGAAAUCUGCGAGGUGAUUUUCAAGCUUGUUGUCUUAAAACCUUCCUGAUUGCCACAUUUUUUGCAUAUUUUGAAGCAGCAUCGAGCUCUGUGGCUGCCACAGCUUGAUGUAAACAAGGUUAACAGUGUGACUACACCACUCACUCCUGUAGCCACUCUUGUAGUUUAGCAUGGCUCCAGUGAAGCCCAGCAGGACUCCCCCUUUCCCUCAUGACUGUGUGUAAAGCCGUGGGAGAGAACUGGGAACAUUAAUCCCUUCAAAGGAACAGAUCUAAUUCAAAAUCUGCCGCUCCAAACUAGUUGAGAGGACAGUGAUUGUUUCUGCAGGGAAGCCAGAUAAAGAUCAGAGAGUUGAACUACAACUUCCAUUUUUUUCCAGCUCGGCAAAACAUUUAAAAAGAAGUUCCGGAUGUUAUCUUAUGAAAACUGCAUACUUUUGCCUUCAUUAAAUGCUCUGAAACAAAAAGGAUGCAGUAUUACAGGAUGUGUUAGCUCAGGUUUCUUUUUUUUUUUCUUUUCGAGAAGCUGCAGUGGAUGGGAUCAUUAGUUUCUUUCUGGUUUUCGGGACCUGUUCAGUCAUAAAGACAUAAGAUGAAAACAUAAUUGAGAUGUCCACAUUUUAAGUGCUACCUUUGUCACCUCACUUAUCUAACAAGUUAAAAACGUUCAUUUAAAUUACCUGCUGGGAGUUUUUUUUUUCUUUUUCCUUCAGGCUUUUAGUUUGGGUUGGGAAAGAAUGAACUGGAUUGAGGUUCUGAUAAAACAACUGAUUGAAAUGAGUGAAGGGGAAAUGAGUGAAGGGGAAAUAAGUAUUUAAAUAAUUCAGAGAGG